AUGUCGACCACCCAUACGAACGCGGUGCCGGACUCGCAAUUGGGGUUAAGCUAUGAAGAAGUUCAACUACUGCGCCAAGGCCAGGCCGCGCUGGGCCAGGGAGCUGGAGGGGGCGGUUCAAAUUCGUCCCGCGCCGCGAGCCGAGCUUCAUCCCAGGGCUUGUUGCUGCUGGACAGCACCUCUUUAGCAGCGCUAGGACGGUAUUUUGACCGCGUCAUGAACCAAAUCGAACAGCAAAUCAUCUACCUCAGCGAACAAAGCCAAAUGUUCACCAUGGCACAGUUCGACCGAGCAGGCAACCUGAUCGAGGGCGCCGAUGCCGAAAUCCAGCGUUACCACGAGAUCCUCCGGCAACUCGACGAGCUCGAGCUCGACUUCGAUCGAAUAAGACAUAUUAAGGAGAUUAUCCAGAGUUGA